AUGUCUCUCACCCUCAAGGUGACCUCGCUGUUCGUGAGGACAUUGGCAAAGCCCAUGGCGAACACCAUCAAACGCAACGCCCACGAGCACGAGCGCUUCCGAAGAAUAUGCGUCUCGUUCGCCCAGGGCUUGCAUCGCAUUGACAUGCGCAUGCGUCUCGGCCUUCUCCAGGACCCUGCAGUCAUUGAUCGCCAAAUCAAGAAGGAGGUCGCUGCGGCCGAAGCCGCAAGAAAGAAAGCAGCGGCGCCAACAGUCUUGACGGAGGAGGAGACGCGUGCGGAAGAAGCCCUUACAGAGAAGGAGCGGGAAGCAAUCAAAAAGAAAGCAGAAGAGAGGAUCAAGCCACGCAUUCGGCCACUGUCAGAACAAAAGGCAAUUGAGAUGGGCGCAAACUUCGCAUCUGAAACCUUCAUCUUCAUGGUUGGCAUUGGUGUGAUCCUGUUCGAAAACUGGCGGCAGAGAAGGAAGGCGCGGAAUGCAAGAGAUGAUAUACGAGAGGACUUGGAGGAAUUGCAAAACGAAUUGAAGGCUGUCAAGGCAGAGUUGGAGGAGCUGAAAGCGAAACACCCCGAGCCUACAGCGUCCAAGCUGCUAGGUUUUUUUAAGGGCAGCAGCAAGAAUGACGAAAAGAAGGCCGAAACAACGAAUGGACCUGCUCCUGCAGUUCUGUCAACAGCGCCAGAGCAGAAAUCGGCGCUUAUGCUACAACCUCCAUCGGAACCUUCACCGCAGAAUCGAGCACAAUAA